AACGAUCGCUUCUUGAAAUGCUGUUUAUAGUCUUUGGAUCAUUUUGUUCUUCGCUACGUUAGUAUUGGGUUAUUAAUUCAUUUCUGUGUCGGGUUAGGUUAUUAUUCCCACCGCAAUGAUAAGUAAAGUAAAAAAUGCGAUGUCCACGCUGGUGGGAGGAAUGAUACCCCACGGUCAUCACCAGCACCACGGAUCCGGGAACGUUCAUCACCAGAACUGUCACCAGGACGGUCUGCCUCCACUGUUCCCUUACGGUCGACCCGAGUUCCUGGACCUUACAUCGGAGCUUCUUCAAUACUCGACAGAACAUGCAUCUCGACCUGUGCUGACUUUGAAGAGGGACAGCAGGCUUCCCUGGCGGACAGGAUAUGCAGAGACCAUCAAUGCUGGGAAGAGCAUGCUAAAUGAGGACCAAGCGUCCUGUGAGCUGCUCUACGUGAAGAAGCUGAGUGACAAAAAACAGAGCAACUCCACACUGCUGGAUGACAAUGGGGAUGGGACAGGAAUCCCUCUGCAGUAUUGGGGCAUGUUUGACGGCCACGCCGGCUCAGGGUGUGCCAUCAUGGCGUCCAAACUCCUCCAUCGCCUUAUCAGAGACAGACUGGAGGACAUUGCCCACCUGCUGGAGAACCCCUCUGCAGCGCUCCCUAUCUGCCUGUCCAAUAAUGGCAGCCCCUACCAGGGGGCAGUGAAGAAGGGGGCGAAUGCCACCCAGGACUCAGAGAAACCUGACGCCAUCCCUGAUCCCUCCAUCCGGUUCCACAUGGAGAAGGCUGUCAGUCUGGAGAGUCUGAUCAUGGGUGUCAUAGAAAACGCCUUCAAACAGAUGGAUGAACUGAUAGAGAAAGAGGAGAUGUCCUAUACCAUCUCUGGUGGUUGUUGUGCCUUGGCUGCCAUUCAUUUGAUGGGGAAGCUCUACGUUGCCAAUGCAGGAGACAGCAGAGCCAUCAUCAUCCGUAACGGUGAGGUCAUCCCCAUGUCCAACGAGUUCACGCCAGAGUCUGAGAGGCAGCGCCUGCAGUAUCUGGGCUUCCUGAGACCGGAGCUGCUUGGGAACGAGUUCACGCCGAUGGAGUUCCCUCGUAGGAUCCAGUACAGGGAGCUGGGCAGGAAGAUGCUCUUCAGGGACCACACAAUGAACGGCUGGGCUUACAAAACCAUCGUAGAAGACGACCUCAAGUUCCCACUCAUAUAUGGAGAGGGCAAAAAGGCCCGUGUCAUGGCCACCAUUGGGGUAACACGUGGCCUAGGGGAUCAUGACCUGAAGGUGUACAACUCCAACAUCUACAUCAAGCCCUUUCUCUCCUGCUGCCCAGAGGUGAUAGUGUACGACAUGUCUGAGUACGAGCACGGCCCUGACGAUGUGCUGGUGAUGGGUACAGAUGGGCUGUGGGACGUGACCACGGACAGGGAGGUAGCAGACACAGUUUCAGGCUUCCUGUCCUGCUGCGAGCCCACUGAUCCUGUGAGAUACACGCUGGCUGCCCAGGACCUGUUAAUGCGGUCGCGAGGGGUCCUGAAAGAGAGGGGCUGGCGGUUACCCAAUGAGAGGCUGGGUUCAGGAGACGACAUCACUUGUUAUGUGAUCCCCUUGGCGGGACCGGCGGGACCUGCGGGACCGGAGGGGCCCGAGACAGAGACAUGACAGGCCCUGUCCCACCACCCCGCCAGGAGAGGACUAGUUCCCUAGGACUGACCAGUGUCACUCCGUCCCCCCUUCCCUAGUCUGGGGGAGGGGGAAAGAAAACACCUCUCUUGUAGGGAAGCCUCAGGUUGGAGAGCCGGCGCUAACACAUGUUGACCGGCCCAUUCCCCUGGCUUCUACAACAACACACUCACCCACCGGGUUCUCCUUAUUGUUUAUAUUUGGUACUCCUGUAACCGGUGUUCAAUAACAUUACCCAACUGACACAUGUCCAUGUCUGAAACCUGCUCUUUAUGAUCGCUACUUAACCAGACAUCUGCCCCUGUAGUUUCACAUUUGAAUCUCUCUAAUUGAAUGGCUGAUCAUUUCAUCAGGGUUGGUUUGGCCAUCAUCUUAUAGCAGUGCUUGGUUCGCCCUUCUGAGUAAAAUCUCCUUAUUAGCUUAUGACCCCCACAUGUGAUUUAUGUCAUGCUAAAUUGGUAAAAUAAUCACAUUUAUGGCUUGUGUAGAGCACAGUAUGACAGGUGGAGGUAGAUGGCCAUGCCUAUUGUUUAACGCAGAUAGCGUGACUCUGGUAGCAGUUGAGGGACUAGCCUCAAGUAGGAAUGACGCCACUUCUCAGAAGGCAGUGGAGCUCUGUGAGAAAAUAUCUACCUAUAUAAGCUCCAUGUCAAAGGUCGGGAGAUGCGUCUGAAACAUGGAUGGGGAUGAGGAAGACACAGAGAAUGAAGAGGGGAAAGUCUGUGACCCCGUCCCGUGCCAGUGUUUCAAUGUCCAAUGUCAAAGCAGCAGUGAAUGAUUAUGAAGAUGUGAAACCUGAAGCACUUUAAGACAAUCUGUUUGUUUAGUGGUUAUGAAUUCAAUGGCUUUUCUUAAAUGAUGUAUGUUUAGAGAUAUCUUUUUGUUUCUUAUUGUUAGUGUUGUCACCAAGAAAGUAGAUUGUAUUUUUUUGUGUCAGAAAUGACUAAGCUGGAAUGAGAUGUUCAUGACAUUAGUCUGUUGUAAUGUAAAUCGAUCCAACUCAAAUAUCAAAGGGUCUUUUGGCAUAUAGGCGCAAUGUCGUUUUGAAUUUGAAUGAAAUACAGCUUUCUUUCCCCUCAAAGUGAUCCUAUAUAAUGUAUCGGUUUGAGUAUUUUAUCCCAGAUUUAAAAGAUCCACACUUUUAUGCUCCAAUUAAAUCGUGCACUGGAUGAGAAAUCUUCUACUUUAUUUUCUGGAGUGACAACUUGUAGUAGAGAAUCUGUUUGUCGGUAUGUGAUCAAUUUCACUUGACUGCCUUACUAACACUCGAGGGGCAUUGUGAGCCAGGGCCUGUAUGUUAAUAUGUUAACUCAUUCAUAUCAAAUACUUCAUUUCACUCAUGUUAAAAGUUUCUAAGAAAAAUGUAUGCCCUCAAACGUCUUACUUCUCUCUGUAGCCACUAGGUACGUUAUCCAGAGCUUUUGAGAACUUUGGUUAAAAACGGUAUCAUACAUUGCUUUAUUUAUA